AUGUCAGAUUCUCCACAACAAAAAAAUGUUGCAAAAAUUGAACCAAAUAUGUCUGGGGUUUUUAUAACCUGUGUAAAAAAUAAAGAAGCACUGUGUGUGAGAGAAUGUUAUGACUUGUUCAAUGAGUAUGCUGGUAAAUUUUUUCUAUCGCAAGCUAUAAACACUACUGAUUCUGCUAAUAAGAGUGUUGGUAAUGAUAAUGAUGAUAAUUUGGACAUUGAAGAUGUAAUUGCAAAAGAACUUUCAGAAAUGAAAAAGCCACACUCUUCUAAUAGUUUUGCUUCAAUUCAAACUGGAACUGAUUGUGUUGUAUUCAUUAAAACUAAUCCAUCAAUUGAUCCAACAAAUCUGGUUUAUAAUAUUUUGGAUGAUUUAAAUAGUUUGGGAGAAAAGAAAACUAGGCAAUAA